AUGCCACUGUAUGUACCAAUUGGGAUCCUCUGUCUAACUGCUGUAAAGAUCAUUGAGAUGAAAGACCUGGCACAGGUUGGAGGGCAGCUGGGCAUGUACAUGGUUUGUGUCAUCAUUGGUUUACUCAUCCAUGGUCUCUUCAUUCUUCCCUUGCUCUUUUUCCUGAUUACUCGGCAGAACCCCUACACAUUUACUGUUGGUCUAAUCCAGGCUUUGAUUAUUGCCUCAGGAACAUCUUCCAGUUCAGCUACCCUUUCCAUUACUUUCCAUUGCUUGGAGGAGAACAACCAUGUGAACAAACAUAUAACCCGGUCUGUUUUGCCUGUCGGAGCCACCAUAAACAUGGAUGGUACAGCUCUGUAUGAAGCAGUGGCUGCCAUUUUUAUAGCCCGAGUUAACAGCAUGGACCUGAACUUUUGGCAAAUCCUUUCCAUCAGUAUAACAGCAACUGCUGCCGGCAUUAGAGCAGCAGGUAUUCCUCAGGCUGGUCUGGUAACCAUGGUAUUGGCAUCCGUGGGACUGCCCACCGAGGACAUAACACUCCUCAUUGCUGUGGAUUGGUUCCUGUAA